AUGUCAGCUGUGGAACACACCCAGGCGAUUGUGGAUUGUAGAGGCAGGCGGCAAUGGCAACAUGCCCUUGUACUUCUGCGCAAGCUGGGCACACACCUGGAGCCGAGCGUAGUGGCCUUCAAUGCCAGCAUCAGCGUCUGUGAGGCUGCGGGCCAGUGGCCGCAGACGGUGCUGCUGCUCGCGGCCUGCGAGGCUGACGUCAUCACCUGGAACUCGGCCAUCAGCGCGUGUGGGAAAUCUGCCGCCUGGCAGCAGGCGCUGCAGCUGCUGAAAAACGCCGCAGAGGAGGCAGACGUCAUCAGUUUCAACACGGCGGUGAGUGCUUGUGGCAGGGCAGCUAGAUGGCAGCAUGCCCUUGAGCUCUUUAAUGGCAUUGAUCCGCGCCUAGAGCUGGACGUCGUCAGCUUUAGCGCGGUGAUUUCUGCUUUGGAAAGAGCUGCCCAGUGGCAACGGGCCUUGAUUUGCAUGGAAAGGAUGGGCCAUGCGCGUGUGCAAGCGAAUGUGAUCACCUAUGGUGCAGCCAUGAGCGCCUGCGCGAAAGCGGCGGAGUGGCAGCACGCCUUGCACCUUUUGUCCAAACUUCAGGUGUCGCGCCUUGAGCCGAAUGUCAUCGUUUUCAGUGCAGCCGCCAGUGCCUGCCAGGUGCAGUGGCAGUGGGCGUUUCAGCUCCUGCACCGCGCGGCGCGGAUCACCGUGGAGCCCAACGUGGUGACCUUCAGCGCUAGCACCAGCGCCGCCAUCGGCGCCGCCUGGGCGUGGGCCUUGGCGCUCCUGGCGGCGGCCUCGGCGCGGCACGUGGAGGCCAGCACCGUGACGCUGGCCGCGGCCGUGGGGGCCGCUGAGGCGGGCGGCUGGCAACAUGCCGCCGCGGUGUUGGCGGAAGGCGCCGCAAGGCAGCUGGAGCCGGACCUCGUCGCCUGCACUGCUGCCAGCUCCGAGAGCCCGUGGACCAGGGCUGUGGCCUUGUUGGAUGGCAGGAUGGACUUGGUGGCGGGAAAUGCGGCAAUAAGCGCCAGUGAGUGGCAGUUGGCCCAAAGACUCUUGCGGGAACUUAGGGCUCUGCGUCCGUGCGCUGUGACCUAUGGCGCUGUUAUCAGUUCCUGUGCAGACAGAUGGCAGGUUUCCCUUCACUGGUUGGACCGAGCUGCAAGCCUCGAUGUGAUCAUGUACAACGCCGCCAUCAGCGCAUGCCCCUGGCAGAGCGCCUUCGUUUUGCUGCGCCACGUGGGCUUGCAGCCCAAUGCCAUCUCGUGGAGCGCAGUUGUGGCUGCUUGCCAAAAAUCCUCUGCCUGGGAGCAGGCCCUUCUGUUGCUGGAUGCGGGAGAGGUCAGCGCGGGGGCUUGCAGUGCAGCCAUCAGUGCUUGUGAGGCUGCCUCCCAGUGGCAGCGGGCCAUGUUGCUGUUCUCUGCUGCAGAGAUGCAGAGGCUUGAGUCUAAUCUGAUCAUUUGCAACGCUGCGCUUUCUGCUUGUCACCGGGGCGCGAGGUGGCAGCGGGCAAUCUCUAUUUUAAGUGGAUUCGAGUCAGGACAUCUCCCGGAUGCAGUCUCCUUCAGUGCAAGCAUCAGCGCUUGCGCAAAAGUUGCAGAGUGGCAGUGUGCUCUUUGCCUUGUCAAGUCUUGCCAAGCCGUCACUGCCGGUGUCUACAAUGCUGCCGUCACUGCCUGUGAAAGAGCUUCCAGAUGGCAAAGAGUCUUGGAACUUCUGCGUGACAUGGACGUCAUGCGAUUGCAAAUGACUGUGGUCACUUGCAAUGCCGCGGUUGCUGCUUGCAAGUCUCAUUGGCAGCAGAUUUUGUUGUUGCUGGCCCGCAUGGCUCAAAAGAGUGUGGGGCCAGACGUAACGACCUGCACAGCCACCAUCAGCGCAUGUGCGCAAUCUGCCCACUUGCGACAGGCUGUCCACAUGCUUAGUGGAGUUGAGAAGCUUGCGCGACUUCAACCUGGCUGA